AUGGCGUCAGAUCCCCCCAGUUUGAGAUUCACACCUCUCCAAUCGUUUGUUGAGUCUUCGUUUUUCACCCAGUUGGCUCAUUUGAAGCUCGAAAAAUACAAGUUAGACGACUCCACACGUGAAAUUUGCGGGUUCCAGUCACCGCCAUCGAAAUUAAACAAAUUUGACGAUAAGCCCAUCCUUCGACUUGAUGACAGGAGUUUUGCUACAGGGACGAAGACAGAGGCAGAGACAGAGACAGAGACAGAUUCAAAUGCAGGGGCUUGGAGUUUGGUUGGGAGUUUGACCAAUGUAAACACGAUUGAGGAGUUCAAAGCCAUCAACAAGCAAGACUUACUCAACCAAUGGGGCCGGUCAAUGGCUGAGUCUAUGCAAAACACCACCAAGUUUGACUACGACACUUUCAACAGGUUCAGCAUGAUUAGCUUUUCAGAUUUGAAGAAAUACAAGUUUUACUACUGGGUGGCGUUCCCCACGUUGCAGAGUUCAUGGGAGAUUACCAGGAAACUGUCCGUCGAUGAGGACCUUUUGAAGCUCAUCAUUAGUGAAGCAAGCGGAGAGGCAGAGGCAAAGGGGCAGUUUUACCAACUUAGCGAUAAUAAGCUCCUUGACCUGUUUAGCCAAGACAAAGACUUAUCUUGUUUUGUAUUUUUUGAUUCCUGUUUGAGCUCAGAUAGGCGGCCCUCGGCCCAGCUAAAGAACUACCUAUACUUUUUGGCCUACAAGGGCAUCAAGAAUAUUAGGCUUGUUGUCUACAGAAAUAACUACAGCUCGUUUUCACUAGACCUCCAGCUCAUGGAUCUACCCCAGGAUUUGAAAAUUGUGGGCUGGGAAAGAACGAGCCAAGGCAAGCUCGGCCCCAAACUAGCCGAUUUGAGUCAACUCAGCAACCCAAGGCAAUUAGCUUCGCAGGCAGUGGACUUGAAUCUCCGAUUAAUGAGGUGGAGGAUAGCUCCCGAGCUUGAGCUUGACGUUAUAAAGAAUCAAAAAGUGUUGUUGUUGGGCGCGGGCACCUUGGGAAGCUACGUGGCUCGAGCUUUAUUAGGCUGGGGAGUGAGAGAUAUCUCCAUUGUGGAUAGUGGAAGAGUCUCCUAUAGCAACCCCGUGAGACAGCUGCUUUUCAAUUUCGAAGAUUGCUUUAGUGAGCACGGCCGAGGUGGAGUCAAGGCCACCACAGCUGCCGACAACCUCAAGAGAAUCUUUCCCGGCGUUGACGCCAAGGGGUUUGAAUUGGAAGUGCCCAUGAUUGGACACCCCAUCACUGACGAAGAGACUCAGGCUGCGCAAUAUCAAAAUUUGAAUAGACUAUUUGACGAAAGCGACGUUGUAUUUUUGUUGAUGGACUCGCGGGAGUCGCGAUGGCUACCAACGGUGAUGGGGGCAGCCAAGGGCAAAACCGUGAUCAAUGCAGCUUUGGGGUUCGACAGUUACUUAGUCAUGCGGCAUGGUUCAGUGCAGCAGGACCAAGGUUCAAGAUUAGGAUGCUAUUUCUGCAAUGACAUUGUUGCGCCCGAGGAUAGUCUAUCGGAUAGAACCUUGGAUCAAAUGUGCACUGUGACGAGACCAGGCGGUGCUCUUGUCGCGUCUUCGCUAGCCGUGGAACUAUUGGUCUCGCUUUUGCAGCAUCCAGAUAAGCAAAAUGCGAAACACGACGGCUCGUCCAAGUUUGGAGCAACUCCACACCAGAUUCGCGGUUUUUUGCACAGUUUUACCCAAUCCAAGUUCCAUGCGCCAAACUACGCCCACUGCGCAGCUUGCUCGACCAAGGUUAUAGCUGAGUAUAAGCAGAGAGGCUGGCAGUUUGUCAAGCAAUGCUUGAAUGAAGCGGGUUAUUUGGAGGAUUUGUCGGGCUUGAAGCAAGUACAAGAGGAGGCCGAACUAGCAGCAAGACAGUUACUUUCGGAGUUGGAACUAGACGAGGGAGAUGGUGAUGAUGAGGACGAGAACAAGGGCGAGGAUGAGGACGAGGAAUGGAUAAGUUGA